AUGGGUGCCAACAACAUAAGGGAAGGGAGUGGUACCCCACGGGCCAAAUCAAACGCGACGGAAAGUAAGGGCGGUGAAACAGUUUCAGAAGACCUGAUUUCCGUGCUCCUCUGCGGGACGUGCAGGGCGCCUAUCACGGACCAUAACAACAUUCUUGGGUGCCGUGAGGAAUCCGUGUGGGCUCAGCAGGCCUUUGCGUACGAGGUAGAUCUCUUUGCUGAUUGUCCGCCGCUGUGGUGCUACUCCGCUACCAACCCACAAGGCCGACGCUUUGACAUCAUACGCUGCACUGCGACUGCGGUAAAUCGCUACCGCACGGUGACACUGAGCGGACCGUGGUCGGGUGAACAUUCCUUUUUCGUGGGUCACAAGUGGUGCUACGCUUCCUGCAAUACAUGUAGCAGCUUUUUGGGUUGGGCCUUCUGUAGGGCAAGUGAAGCCCUUAGCUUUAGUGGAGGUAGCACCGAGGACAAUGAUAUCCAAAUCGAUGGGGGCGGUUGCGGCAGCAAAACCACUGAUGAUGAUGAUGAUAACGUGGAUGAAGAAAGUAUAGUCACCGUCGGGGGUAAUAACAGCAACAAUGUGAGCCUUCAAAGGGACGGGGCAAGUGAUGAUGACGGCACUGUGGGUUUUGAUCCCUCUGUUCUUUCCUUCCUCGGACUCAUCGUGACUAACUGUGUGGGACGCAGCGGUUAUUCGCUCAGACAGUACAAUGAGCUGAUGAACGCGGACCCCCUUUUGCGACGGCGAUUUGUAGGAAAUUCACCGCUCGAAGACCUUCACAGUGGAGAGGACGGCAACUACUUCGUGUCGGCAACACAUUUUCUGGGACCAUCCAGAGAUGACCACAGCAGAUUAUUUGUUGGCAUAGGCAGACAUCGACAACUGCAGUCUUUCUUGGAUGUUGUCCGAACAUCUUUGCUGCCUGUUAACGCAGUCAUUGGGACUGAAAGCCAGGAUGGAGAUGGGGAAACUUCCGAAGAUGAAGCAAACAACUCGACGGCUCCCCGCACAAGCUCGCACCGCAGUGACUCGAGCGGAGAUGGUUCUGAAGAUGGCGAAAAUAUGGGUACAUCUCCGUCCUUCACUAACAUUCCACCCCAUUGUUUCGGCUGUGGGGAUAUGGCCGACUCCAUCGAUGAAGAUGUUUCUUCAACUGAAGGCAGCGAUAAGUCGGAUUAG